CGCUAGCCAGAGCCGCCCAGUCCGACAAUCCGCUCAGAGCCUCCGGCGCUCAGCAGCUGAUCCACCCCAUCCUGACCAGGCCUUCUUCAGAGAGGGCAGCGCCUCCAGCCCUCCAGGCUCCAGCAGCAGCGCCCCGCCCAGCCCAGCCCAGUCCACUGCACUACUGCUGUGCCUCCGGGAGAGCUCAUCAGCUUCAGAGAAAGAGAGGAUUGAGGAAAUCACACUUUUAAUUCUAAAGAUGCCGAUGCUGAUGCAACUAUGGAAUGAUUGGGAACUACAGCUACUGGUGCUCCUAAGCUUCACGCUACAGAUUUUCGUCUUCUUUUCUGGUGGCCUCCGGCGGUGCAGUACCAACUCAGGACUGAGGCUUCUGAUUUGGUUGGCUUACUUGCUAUCCGACGUGGUCGCAGUCUAUGCUCUUGGCCAGCUUUCAUUACAUGAGAGUGAUGUGCCUGGAGCUGGAGAAAUGCACCGGCUCUCGUUUUUCUGGACGCCUUUCCUCCUCAUUCAUCUUGGUGGGCAAGACACCAUCACCGCUUUCUCCAUUGAGGACAAUGAGUUAUGGCCGAGGCACAUGCUCAAUCUACUGGCCCAAGUUGGCUUGGCCUUGUACGUGUUUUGGAAGUCAUCAGCACACAGCCAGUUUCUGAUCCCAGCCAUAUUUGUCUUUGUGGCUGGAAUCAUCAAGUACGUGGAGCGGACAUGGGCUCUCAAGUGCGCAAGCCGAAAUGCCCUUAGGGAUGAUGAUUCUACUUAUGUGAAAACAGGUCAAUUUCCUGAUCUACAAGGCGAGCUGGAAUUGGACUAUCUGACAAUUGUGAAGUAUGCUUUGUCUAGUGCACCAGGUGUCAGAAAUCUAUUUGUUGGUCGCAAGCUUGCUAAAAUGGAAGGUAACAUACAGACAACAUUUACCGCUGGUAAUGUGUUUCAAGUACCAGCAGAUGGGCAACAUAUAUUCAAAAUUCUGGAGAUUGAGCUAGGGCUGAUGUAUGACAAUCUGUACACCAAGGCAAGGGUGGUUCGAACAUGGCUUGGGGCCAUACUCCGAUGUCUCACUCACAUUUCACUGGUAGUUGCUUUUGUGCUCUUCCUUGUGGGUAACAAGCAAAGGUAUUAUAGUAGAGUUGAUGUUGCAAUAACCUAUGCAUUGUUCAUUGGAGCAUUCUGCACUGAAGUUUGUGCCGUCUUCUUGAUGGUGAUGAUGUCUCCAUGUACAUGGGCAUUCUUGGAAUCCUGCAAGUGCCGGAGGCUUGCCCGUGUGGCCUGGUCUAUUUUCAAGAGCCUACAGCCAGAGUCAAGGCCAAGGUGGUCAAAUUCCAUGGGGCAAUACAAUUUUCUCAAUUCCUGCUGCUUCUCUGAGUCGAUGAUGGGGAAAAUGAUGAAUCUGGUAGGAGCCAAGGAGCUCUGGCGCAACUUCCGGCAUACCAAGAGCGUUCGGAUCAAGGCAGAGUUCAAGAAUGUCAUCUUUGAAACUAAGCAUCAUCCUGGGUUACUUCACGGUGGUACAAGCCCAUCACCGGGUCUUGGUCCAGCAUUGGACACGAUACUACAGAAACCCUUUGAGGAGGCCAUCCUGUUCCUACAUGUCUACACAGACAUGUUCUUGCACCGGUACAAGAAUCCCUCGGGGACAAGUUGUGACAUCACGGAGAAGGCACGCCAGCUUAUGGAUACAUGCAGGAGGAUAUCUGAAUACAUGAUUUACCUGUUGGUCUUGCAUCCUACCAUGCUCACCAUGGCCAUCAGCAACAUAAGCGACAUACUGAAGGAAGCUUCGGAGAGCGCGGCCAACGCCGGUGCUAUCGGUUCCACAAAGGAACGGUUCCUGGACAAACUGGCUACGGAUCAGUACCUCUAUGCCCCAAGUAGCCCGGUUUUGCUCGCGGGCUUUGUUUUUCAAGGUGAGCGUCCUUGUCAUGAAUCAUUGGAAUUUCUCGCGUAUGCGUGGGCAAUGAUUCUCCUCUGCGUUGCUGGAAAAUCCCACGGGGAGGAGCAUGCAAAGCAGCUUAGCACACUUUCGUUUGGUUGUACAUGGCGCAUCUUUCACUCGGAGAUAUGGGCAAUGUUGAGCUCGAGCUUGUUAGACCAAGUGGGAUCAAUGAGGAAGGCGGCGGUCGCAAGGCUUUUAUCUUUGAUGAUCAGCGUCCCCGGUGAAGAAAAACCCUAACUCAUGUUGCCUUCCGAAAAUGCAGUUUGAUCCUAGCAUUUCUGCAUCCUUUUUUUCUUCCUUUUUCUAUCUAUAUUGCUCCGUUCCUAUUACUAAUACAAGGGAUAUAUUUGUUGCGUGAUUAGAAGGACACUUUCACUGCAA